AUGGGGUCUGCUUUCCCUGUUUAUGACUUAUUGGUCAGUAAAUAUGGAUAACAUUCCUGAAACCCGCAAAAAAAUUAAUGGUCGUGCUUUCCUCAAAACUAAUAAAGAAGAUUUUGAACGAUAUGGUCUAGAAGCUAGUCCUGCUACAACAGGACGACAAAUCUCAUUAGAUGGCUUACACAAUAUCACUGACUAA